AAUCCAGUGUCCACUGUUCGGCUCUUUUUCAAUAAAAUAUCAUUAUAACAGAUGUUUAUUUAUCAGUGAAUAUUCCGGGAAGAAAAUUAUUGGAGUACAGCCUCCAGAGCUUCAGCAGUGAAAUGCUGACCCUCACCAUUAGAAAUGCCAUAAAACGUACUGUAGGUAGAGGAUUUGCAAGCUCUUUGGCAAAAUCCAAGGAACACCUGGACCCCCAACAGGAGGCAUUAUUAAGUGAGAAAUGCUUCUUGGUAAAUGAAAAGGACAACAUCAUAGGGCAGGCCAGCAAAAGAGAAUGUCAUUUGGUGCAAAAGGAUGGUAAUAUCCCAUUGCACAGAGCAUUCAGUGUAUUUUUAUUCAACAAAAAAGGGGAUUUGUUGUUGCAAAAGAGAUCAGCAGAAAAGAUUACUUACCCUGAUCACUAUACAAAUUCCUGCUGUAGUCACCCUAUUGCUGAUGUUCCUGGUGAAGAAGAAGAAAAUGGGGCAAUAGGGAUAAAAAGGGCGGCACAGCGUCGUCUCAACCUUGAACUGGGCAUUCCUGUUGAACAGAUUCCAAUUGAAAAACUAGAUUAUAUCACAAGGAUACAUUACAAGGACAAUGGGAAUGGAAAGUGGGGGGAGCAUGAGAUUGACUAUGUUUUGUUUCUGCAGGCUGAAGUGAAGGUGAAACCAAACCCAAAUGAAAUAUCUGAGAUAAGUUUUGUGCCCAGGAAUGAAUUGGAUGACUAUCUGCCUCAGUUGAAUGGUCCAUUCACACCUUGGUUUCAGCUCAUUCUGAAGCACAGAUUGAGGUACUGGUGGGACAAUCUGAACAACAUAGAUGAAAUUAAGGACCAUCAGAAUAUUCUGGAACUCAAAUUUUGAGGUCUUGUUAGGACAGUAAAACUAUAUAUAUUUAUUAAUUUCUAAAUAAACAACUCCCAAUUCUUUAGUUCUCUAAAUUUCAGUAACUUUAAUUAGGUAUUGUUGAUUCAAUGGUUUCAAAUAUUUUUUUCUGUUUCCAUAAACUUUAUUACAAGUGAAAUUCUCUACCAUUGAAACAAUAUUGACUCCUAUUGUCCUAAUUGAAAAAAAUUUUCUGAUAUGUUCUAGAAUCAUUUUCCAAGGUUCACCAAAGACACCAUUUUUGUUUUUGUAAUAAUAGACUAGAGAUUCUAUAUUUUUCAUGUUCAUUUAUCUAUACAUAUAAACAACUGCAAGAAUAUAGCUGUUAUUUUCAAAUCAUGAUCAUCUUAUCACCCUGUAUAUUCAGAUAUAUAUAAAUAAUAUAUCUUUGGUUCUGGAGUCAAUAACUUAUCAGUGUGAUGACCUGAAUUAUUUGAGAUGAUAAUAAACCUGUUGUAUUAUUUUAAUUUUUAUCAGAACUGAAUGUUCUGAAUGUUUUGUUGUGAAUGUUGAACUUACUUUGGUAAUAAAAGCUAUAUGAUUCAUAAUAAGAAAAAUGAA